AUGUCUCCUCGCCUCGCCGCGGCCGCAGCCGCUUCCGCCCUUCCUCUCCCUCUUCCUUCGCCGGCGGUCGCCGCGCCUUCCCGCACCCUCCGAGCUCUGGUCCUGUCCCCGGGCGCCGCAGCUGCCAUCUCCUCCACUCUGCGCCGCCGCGGCGCGCCGGCAUGCCUCGUACGCCGCCUGUGCUCCUCCCACCACUCCUCCGCUGCGGCGGCGACGACGACGGCGGUGGAGGAGGCGCGGCGCGGGCGGAAGCAGCUCGGGAUGACGCCGCCGCUCUACGACUACCUCCUCGCCAACGUCCGCGAGCACCCCAUUCUCCGGGACCUUCGCGAGGAGACCGCGGCUAUGAGAGGGAGCCAGAUGCAGGUUUCUCCCGCUCAGGCUCAGCUGUUGGCAAUGCUUGUGCAAAUUCUUGGGGCGCGGCGUUGCAUUGAAGUUGGUGUGUUUACUGGGUAUUCAUCAUUAGCUGUUGCACUAGCCCUCCCUGAAUCUGGUCACUUGGUUGCUUGUGAGAGGGAUGAAAGAUGCCUAGAAGUUGCCAAGAAGUACUACAAACGUGCUGGUGUUGCACAGAAGAUUGAUGUGAGACAUGCGUUAGCUGUGGAUUCUCUAAGAUCACUACUUGAUUGUGGUGAAGCUUCCAGCUAUGACUUCGCAUUUGUUGAUGCUGACAAGAGAAUGUAUGAGGAAUAUUUUGAGCUUCUACUAAAGCUAGUAAGAGUUGGUGGUUUAAUUGUAAUGGACAAUGUUCUUUGGUAUGGAAGGGUUGCUGAUCCACUGGUUGAUGACCCAAAGACAAUCAGUAUAAGGAACUUCAAUAAGAAAGUUUUGGAGAACAAGCGUGUUGAUAUCAGCAUGGUGCCUAUUGGAGAUGGGAUGACAAUUUGCCGGAAGCUAGUAGAUACUUGA